GUAAUAGGCAGACAGAGAGAGAGAUAAUCAACGUAUCAACAAUUCUAAAUUCCGCGAGGAAAAUGAGACUCAUAAUUUCACUCGUCUUCCUCUUCGCGACUACGAAUUGUUUCGCCCAAGAACAAGAAUUCAUAAAUGUCGUUAAAGAUUUAUUGCAAGGGGAUGAACUCAAGACGUUUCAAAACGCCUACGCCUCUCUGCCCCUCGAGCUUCGCGACAAACUGACUAAAGACCUCCUCUCAAAUCCUGGCAAGUUGGGAAAAGAUAUCAUGUCCAUGAUGGGCCCUCAAGUCCAAAACCUGCUCAACUCCUUUGGCGGAUUCGGCAACAAAAACGCCCGUCGAGAAGCCCCCGAAUCCAACGAGGUCGAAGUUGACGAAAUGAACAUGGACUACUCGAAACAUGGUCAGCAACAGAACCAGAAACAGAAAAAUUCCGCCCCUGCCGGUGGUCUGGACUUUGGCCCACUCGGCUCCAUGCUGGGAAAUCUGGUCAGUUCAAAUCCACAAAUGCUGAUGACCAUGGUACAGGGAUUCAUGUCCGGAAAUGGUGGGGGUCAAGGCUUUUCGUUUGAAAGUAUCACCUCCAUGAUGACCCAAAAUUUCGACUUUGACACCUUAAUGUCUAUGGCGCAAAUGUUUACCGGAUCGGCACCCUCUUCCGGUGGUGGUUCUGGCAAUAUUCGUGGCGAAGGGGGCAACCAAGCCGCCAAACCGGGGAAAGGAAUCGCCGAAAUGCUCCAACUCCAACAAAUUACACAAAUGUGGACAGAUUUUGCAAAAUCGCCUGUCGGUCAAAAGGUCAACCGAGUCCUACCUCGUCUCCUUAAAGCAGAAUCACUUCCGGACGCUCUUCGCAUCGUUGAAAAAGAAACAGCCUUCCGAUUCGACCAAGUUUUGCGACAAUUUAACGACCCCACCGUCCGAAAAAUCUUUGUCGCCCAACUUGUUCGUCCAAUUGGUCAGUUCGUUAAAGGAUUCAAAGUCCCCGCAGACUUUAAAAAGGUCGCGGCUCGGGCUGAUGAAGUUUUUAGCAAGAUGGAAUUCGCCUCCACGGUCAAAGAGUAUGCUGACCCGAUCACACAAUACAUUCGAGAAACUUUCAAAAUUACGAAGGAAUCGUUGUUAGAUUUGAGCCAGGAAGAUAUUGAGAGAAUUGCGUCCGAUAUUUUGAACAAGGAAGUUCUUCUGCCCUUGACAUAUGUGUACGACGCCUACAACAAAGCGAGAGAAAGCAGUAUCUGUGCCAAGUUCAUCUUUUGCCAGUUGAAUAGAAACUUUUACAAUGAAAAUUUCAUCCGGAGACAUGUAAUCAAGACGGCCAGCAUAAUCUCUGCCUUCCAAGCGUCGGAAAUUAUGAAAAAGGACGCUUUCUCUGGUCUUUACGAGUCCAUUCAUACGGGGGCUGACGGGUUUGAUUGCACGACUGGUCAGAGUAACUUUUGUCUCGAAAUGAUGCACACAACUGCACAUAACGAACUAUAAAUUAAGUCUAUUUAUGUAAUUGAUCAGUUUCUUUUUACCAGGAAUAUUGCUGCCAGUGUAGUUCUUUUUUUAGCUGUAAGGUUUUUUAAUUGGGGAAAAUUUUAGAAAAUUUAGUAAAUGGGACACUUAUCAAUUAAUCAGAGAAACCAAUUUUACGGGGGAUUUAGUUUUUAGUACUCAAAAAGAAGAGGGGAAUAUAGAAUACGCUAUAUUUAUUGCAGUUUUAUCAUAUUGUUAUUUAUUAACUAUUUUAAAAUGUGAUGACGUAAAUAAAGAAUUUAUGUAUUUGUUAACUUA